AUGCAUUCAACCGCCUUGACAGAAGAUCCAGAUACAGCUCUUCACCCCGAUCCCGGCACGGAAGGCGAUUUCGUCGUCGAUAACAAUCCUUUUGCUUUUAGCCCUGGGCACCUCAACAAACUUCUCAACCCGAAAUCUUUGGCAGCUUUUUUCGCGCUCGGCGGCCUGCGCGGUAUCGAAAAAGGAUUACAGACAAAUGUCAAAGCCGGUCUAUCCCAAGAUGAGGUGGGCGUUGGCGGUAGAGUGAGCUUCCAGGAGGCCACCGGCCACCAGGAGCCCUCCUUCGCCACAUCCGGUGCACAGCCAUCAGCCACAACACACCACGUCGAUGCCAAUGGUUUCACUGACCGAACCCGAGUUUACGGCAAAAAUGUCCUGCCUGCCAAGAAGGCGACACCCCUGUGGAAACUCAUGUGGGGUGCGUACAACGACAAAGUCAUCAUUUUGCUUACAGUCGCCGCCGCCAUCUCGCUUGCCCUUGGCCUUUACGAAACUUUUGGUGCCGAGCAUGAUCCCCAAGAGGGUCAGCCGGUUGACUGGGUUGAGGGAGUAGCCAUUAUUGCUGCUAUUCUUAUCGUUACCUUGGUUGGAUCUUUGAAUGACUGGCAGAAAGAACGAGCCUUUGUCAAGCUUAACGCCAAAAAGGAAGACCGAGAGGUCAAGGUUAUCCGAUCCGGCAAGUCUUACAUGUUAAACGUCGCAGAGAUCUUGGUCGGCGAUGUCAUCCACCUCGAACCCGGUGAUCUCGUCCCGGUGGACGGUAUCUUCAUCAGCGGCCAUGAUUUGAAGUGCGACGAGUCCUCGGCGACGGGCGAGUCCGACGCUCUCAAGAAGACGGGCGGCGAUGCCGUCUACAACGCCCUGCAAUCUGGAAAUGCUACCAAGGACCUCGACCCCUUUAUCAUCUCUGGCGCAAAGGUUCUCGAGGGUGUCGGUACCUUUGUCUGCACGUCCGUCGGCACCAACUCUAGCUUCGGAAAGAUUAUGAUGUCGGUUCGCACCGAGAUGGAGGCAACGCCUUUGCAGAAGAAGCUCGAGGGUCUCGCUAUGGCUAUCGCCAAGCUUGGUAGCAGCGCUGCUCUUCUCCUUUUCGUCGUACUCCUCAUCCGCUUUCUGGCUGGCUUGGGCUCCAACAACAGCUCUGGUGCCGAGAAGGCUUCCACUUUCAUGGAUAUCCUGAUCGUCGCCAUCACCAUUAUCGUUGUUGCUGUCCCCGAAGGACUUCCGCUGGCUGUCACAUUGGCUUUGGCAUUUGCUACCACCCGCCUGUUGAAGGAGAACAACCUGGUCCGUAUUCUGAGAGCAUGCGAGACGAUGGGUAACGCCACGACGAUUUGCUCCGACAAGACUGGUACCCUGACCACGAACAAGAUGACUGUUGUUGCCGGUACUUUCGGCUCAGCCAGCUUCUCCAAGUCGGUUGAAGGCGAGAAGACGAUCAGCGCUGUCGAGUUUGCUCAGUCACUUCCUACAGCUACGAAGAAGCUCAUCGUCCAGUCCGUUGCAAUUAACUCAACCGCUUUCGAGGGUGAGGAGGAAGGCCAAGCCACCUUCAUUGGUUCCAAGACUGAGACCGCCCUGCUCCAGUUCGCAAAGGAUCACCUCGGGAUGCAGGGACUGGCCGAGACUCGUGCCAACGAGGAGGUUGCGCAAAUGAUGCCAUUCGACUCCAGCAAAAAGUGCAUGGGUGCCGUCAUCAAGCUCUCCAGUAAUGACGGGUACCGCCUUGUAGUCAAGGGUGCUUCUGAAAUUCUCCUCGGAUACUGCAGCCAACAGAUCAACGUCAACGAUCUCUCCAUCUCGGCUCUGGAGCAGUCUGACCGCCUCAAUCUCGAGGCGACGAUUGAUGCCUACGCCAAGCAGUCUCUCCGCACCAUCGCCCUCAUCUACCAAGACUUCCCUCAAUGGCCUCCUCACGGCGUCAACGCCACCAUCGAGGGACACGUCGAUCUGGGAGACGUCCUCCACGACCUCGUCUUCGCCGGUGUUGUUGGUAUCCAGGACCCCGUCCGCCCCGGUGUUCCCGAGGCUGUCCGCAAGGCCAAGCACGCUGGUGUUGACGUUCGCAUGGUUACUGGCGAUAACGCUGUCACUGCCCAGGCCAUUGCCACCGAGUGCGGCAUCUUCACGGAGGGCGGUCUCAUCAUGGAGGGCCCUGUCUUCAGGAAGCUUUCUGUCGAGCAGAUGAAUGAGAUGCUACCACGCCUGCAAGUCCUUGCCCGCUCUUCGCCUGAGGAUAAACGCGUCUUGGUCACACGUCUCAAGGCUCUCGGUGAAACCGUCGCUGUCACUGGCGAUGGUACUAACGAUGCGCCUGCGCUCAAGGCUGCUGAUGUCGGUUUCUCUAUGGGUAUUUCUGGUACUGAGGUCGCCAAGGAGGCGUCAUCUAUCGUCUUGAUGGACGAUAACUUUACCUCGAUUGUGACGGCCCUGAAAUGGGGAAGAGCAGUGAACGACGCCGUGCAGAAGUUCCUUCAGUUCCAAAUCACGGUUAACAUCACUGCUGUUCUCCUCGCCUUCAUCACUGCCGUCUCCGAUCCUGACAUGGAAUCCGUUCUCACCGCCGUCCAGCUCUUGUGGGUCAACCUCAUCAUGGACACCUUCGCCGCCCUUGCGCUCGCCACGGACCCCCCGACCGAGAAGAUUCUCGACCGCCUGCCGCAAGGCAAGAAGGCGCCCCUCAUCACCAUCAACAUGUGGAAGAUGAUCAUCGGUCAGGCAAUCUUCCAGUUGACCGCUACCCUGAUUCUCCACUUCGCCGGUAACGCCAUCUUUGGCUACGACGCUCACAACGAAGACCAGCAGCUGGAGCUCGACUCCAUGAUCUUUAACACCUUUGUGUGGAUGCAAAUCUUCAACGAGUUCAACAACCGUCGCCUGGACAACAAGUUCAACAUUUUUGAGGGCGUGCACCGCAACUACUUCUUCAUCGUCAUCAACUGCAUCAUGGUUGGCGCCCAGGUUGCUAUUAUCUUUGUCGGUGGCAAGGCCUUCCGCAUCACACCCGGCGGCAUCAGCGGCGAGCAUUGGGCUGUCUCUAUUGUCCUCGCUUCUGUCUCCCUUCCCAUGGCCGUCCUCAUCCGUCUAUUCCCCGACCCCUGGUUCGAGAAGAUUGCAAAGACCGUCGGCAGACCUGUUGUCAUCGUCUACCGUGCUCUUGGCAGAUUCUUUACUACCGUCGGUGCCGCUUUCCGUCGCAAGAAGACCACUGAGUCCGACGCCACGUCCGAGGAUGCUGGUGUCUCCUCAGGCUCUGACGACGCAAAGGUUGCUGCGCCUGAGAUCGUCAUCUCCGCCCAGGAGGAGAACACAAACACCAGAGAUGUUGAGAAGGCUCAGUGA